AUGAAACCUCAUGAUAAAUUUAAAUUAAUUCAAGCGUUAAAUUUAACAAAUGUUAUGACUGGGUUAGAUUAUUCAGAUGAUAUAGAAUUUGUUGAACAAGUGGCAAAGUUGACCAACGUCCUUGGGGUGGAAUUGUGCAAAAUUUGGGAAGAGAUGGGUCCGGAAACAAAAUCUACAGUAUAUAUCCAAAUAGAAUUAUUAUUCCAAUUUUUAUUGAAAUUUUUGGCAGAUGAAUAUGAUGAUACUUCUUGUGCAGUAUUUUCAUUUCUUUCAGCAUUUUUAUCAGUGCUAAAGAAGCAAAUAAAACAAGUAGGCGAGCUUUCCAGUUCACAACGUGAAUUUUUGGAUUCUUUACUUAAAGUUAUUGUUAUAAAAAUGAAAUUUGAUGAUGAAUCUGAAACGGACGAUGAUGGAGAAGGGGAAGCAGAAUUUUCAGUGAUGCGCAAGAAUUUGAAGUCGUUUUUUGAUAUAAUUUAUAAUAUCGAUUCUCAAUUAUUUACUACAUAUGUUCAUUUUGCUGUACUUAAUACAUUGGCAAAUUAUGAAAAAGCUGGAAAUUCUUUUGAUUGGCGUGAUCUUGAAUUGGCGUUGCAUGUAUUGCUUUUGUAUGGUGAAGCAAUUAAAGGACAGCUGCAAUUUAUGAAAACUGAAAAUGAAAUAGUGAAAUUAACACCUUUAGGAGAAAUGUUACAGAAAAUGGUUCAAUGCAAUGUCACAACUUAUUCCCAUCCAUUAAUUAUAUUGAACUUUUUUGAGAAUGUUGUUCGUUAUUAUCAAUUUUUUGAAGUGCAACCUGAAUACAUUCCAUCUGUACUUGAAGUAUUUGUUGAUUCACGUGGUUUACAUAGUCAUGAUUCACAAAUUCGUAGCCGUUCAUGGUAUCUUUUUUAUCGAUUUAUAAAAUUACUCAAGUCAAACGUAGAUAAAUAUGUUGAAACAGAUUUAUUGAUUAUACAAGCUGUAGUCCCUCGCGUUGAUAACCCUGAUGAAAGUCCUUUGACAAAAGACAAAGCAUUGGAAGCAGGAUUUAGUGAACAGUUAUAUAUUCUUGAAACUGUUGAAUUACAAAGCUAUUUGAAUACUAAAUUAUCCGAACCUGUUGAUGUACAUACCGUCUUGCAAUUACAUCAUCUUAUAAUGGCCAUUGGUAGCAUUGCAAAAGGAUUUCCAGAAGCACCAAAAAGAUCAGCUCCAAUUGCUCCUUGGGUAGAUAUUUUAAAACAAGCGACUGAAGCUAUUCUGGUAACAUUGAAAGCUUUAGAUUGUUAUGAAAUUAUUAGAGAUGCUUCAAGAUAUUCUUUCGCUCGACUUGUUAAUGUACUUGGAAUAGAAAUAUUACCUUAUUUACCAACUUUAAUUAAUGGUUUACUCAGUAAAUGUGAAGCUUCAGAAUUGGUAGAUGUCCUUCCUUUCAUAGGACUUAUUUCGCACAAAUUUAAUCCGUCGAUCUUUGAUAUUCUCAAUGAACUUAUUGUACCUUUGGUCAAUAAAGUUUUUGUUUUCUUUAAUCAACCCCCUUCUGGAACUGAUGAUGUGCUCUUAUUGGUUAAUCUUCGAAAGGCAUACUUGAAUUUUAUAUUAUCAUUAUUAAACGGCGGGAUGGACGCUGUCUUUAUCAUGAAUCGACCAAGACUAGAAAGUAUACUUCAAAGUGUCAUUCAUUAUGCUAGUGACCUUUCAGAUAUUCCAACAGCUAGAUUAUCUUUUAAUAUUCUUUCCAAGACGCUUACCUUAUGGGGAGAACAGUUACAAUCUUCAGGAUUAUAUGAACAUAUAUUACGUAUUUGCUUUGAAGUUCCCAUGAAACCUUCAUUCAAUGCAAACGAUGGCCAAUCACAGCUGGUUUUAAAUGAAAUAUCCAAUAUACUGAAAAUCAUUCUAUCUCAAAAAGGAGAUGAUUUCGUUAAAUAUCUUGGAACCUUUUUGACUCUCUGGUCUCCACCAUAUGAUCUUGAUAAUUUUUUACAAACAUUACAGCAACCCGACAUAAAAAUGUUUCGAAACGAUUCAUUCAAAGAUCAAAAUCAUGAAAGUAAUUUAUAA